AUGGUAGGGAAGUGCGGUAGUGAUGUGGGAGGAGAGACUGUGGUGGUAACCCCUACCACCGCAGACUAUCCCCACCAGCUUGGAGUUGUUUGUGCUGUUUAUGCCCCGUCGCCGGUUGACCUCCUCCAGGAAACGGGUGACACUAGCAAUGAGGGAACGACAGCCCGCGUAACGGUCGAGGUCGAGAGGUUCACGGUCCGCGAGCCUCCUUUGAACGUGGAGGCAGCCGCAAAGAGGGCGGACGAGGUGGGGGUGGUCCUCGCUGCCUUCAGCAAUCAUCUCCACGAGAGGACCGCACACCAUCUGGGGUACCCGUUCAACCUAGAUUUUGACUUCAGAAUGUUGGCUCAAUUUCAGAACUUAUCGAUCAAUAAUCUGGGUGACCCUUUCAUUGAGAGCAACUAUGGCGUGCACUCGAGACAGUUUGAGGUGCCGGUGCUCGACUGGUUCGCCUGCCUCUGGGACCUCAAUCAAGACGAGUAUUGGGGCUACAUCACCAACGGCGGUACCGAAGGAAACCUGCAUGGCCUACUAGUUGGGAGAGAGCUUUUUCCUGAUGGAGUUAUAUAUGCAUCUCGCGAAUCGCACUACUCUGUCUUCAAGGCGGCUAGAAUGUACAGAGUUGAAUGUGUCAAGAUCGACACUCUGAUUUCUGGAGAGAUGAACUAUGCAGAUUUUAAAUCCAAACUGCUACAGAACACUGGAAAGCCUGCCAUUGUGAAUGUGAACAUAGGAACUACUGUCAAGGGGGCAAUUGAUGAUCUAGACAUGAUAAUCACAACACUUGAGAAAUCUGGAUACCAAGAUCGGUUCUACAUCCAUUGUGAUGGUGCUCUCUCUGGCCUUAUGAUGCCAUUUAUCGAACAAGCACCGAAGGUGUCAUUUAAGAAACCUAUUGGAAGCAUCAGUGUCUCGGGACAUAAAUUCAUGGGAUGCCCAGUACCAUGUGGCGUUGUAAUAACUAGGCUAGAACACGUGAAAGUGCUAUCUAUGGACAUUGAGUACUUAUCGUCCAGAGAUGCAACCAUCACAGGUAGCCGCAACGGCCACGCACCAAUGUUUCUAUGGUACACAUUAAACAAGAAGGGUUAUAGAGGCCUCCGUAAAGAAGUUCAGAAGUGCUUGAGAAACGCUCAUUAUCUCACAACCCAUCUAAAGGAUAUGGGAGUAAGUGCAUCCUUAAACGCACUAAGCAGCACUGUGGUGUUCGAGAGGCCACAAGAUGAGGCGUUCGUUCAAAAGUGGCAGCUCGCAUGUGAGGGGAGCAUCGCACAUGUGGUGGUGAUGCCAAACGUCAAUGUGGAGAAGCUUGACGACUUUGUUGCAGAGCUUGUUUCCAAGCGGAGCUCCUCGAAUGAAGGCAAAAAAAUUAGCGUACCAUGUGUUGCUAAUGACAUAGGCAUAGCAAAUUGCCUCUGCGGCCGCCAUAAUAAGUUAGGAAUUGUGUAA